AACGUAGUAGACAAUGCUCAAAAAGACAUUUUUAAGUCAGUUUAGUUAACAAAAACAAAAACCUAUGUUUUAGUGUAAUUGUAGUUUUCCCCCAAUACGUUAGAAGUUUUGUCAAAAUUUCUGGAAUAAAAUAGGAAAUUUCGUAAAGUUUAUAUGAAAGUGCCCAUCAAAUUCAAGUUUGUGAAGUCAACCGAUGCAGGUUGGGUAACAACAUCCUUUCGACCAAACCAUCCAUAGGAAAACAAAUACACACAAACACAAUCACACGCACACACACCCACACAAACAGACAUACGCCGAACACACACAGAAAGACAGACAGGUAGAUAGUGGCAGAGAAGACGAAGACGACGACGACUAAGAAGAUGUCAAAAUUGAGUACCAAUCAAGGUAGCAGCCGCCAGCUAAGCACACGGAGCUCGGACAUUGAUGCCCUGGCCCAGCGCGGCUAUAAUAUUGGACACAAGAUCGGCGAGGGAUCAUAUGCGACUGUGAUUACAGCUGGCUAUGCUGACGAUGCUGGUCGUGGUGUCGUCCAUCUGGCAUGCAAGGUGAUUGACAAGGCUAAGGCGCCGACAGACUUUGUGCACAAGUUCUUUCCACGCGAACUGGAAAUUCUGACCAAGAUUGAUCAUCCCAAUAUCAUACAAAUCCAUAGCAUUCUUCAGCGAGGCCCAAAAAUAUUCAUAUUCAUGCGUUAUGCCGAAAAUGGUGAUCUCUUGUCGUACAUCAAGAAAUAUGGACCGAUCGAAGAGAAGCAAGCGAAGAUAUGGUUCCUACAAAUGGCCAAGGCCCUGAAAUAUCUCCACUCUCACGACAUUGCCCACCGUGAUCUGAAGUGUGAGAAUAUUUUGUUAUCGAAACGUCUGAACAUCAAGUUGGCUGACUUUGGAUUCGCUCGAUAUUGCCGCGACGAUGCUGGCCGUAAUAUGAUGUCCGAGACAUAUUGCGGAUCGGCUGCGUAUGCUGCUCCCGAGGUGGUCUGUGGCCAUCCCUAUGAUCCAAAGUUAGCCGAUGCCUGGUCCUUGGGUGUCAUAUUGUUCAUUAUGCUGAACGCCAAAAUGCCGUAUGAUGAUAGUAAUCUGUCCAAGCUGCUGGAAGAUCAGCGCAACAAAAAGUUUGCGUUCCGCCGUAAACUACAUGAUGUUAUCUCGCCGCAGGCCAAGGCAACGGUGGCUGUGCUCCUGGAACCCGAGUCGUCUGCACGUUGGACUCUACGUGAGAUUGUUUCUUGCGCAUGGCUUAACUCAACUGAUGAGCCGCAGCCUGCUGCUGUAGGAUCGGGACGUCUAAGCAAGCAACCAUCCACACCCUAAACUAUCCCACCCCUACGUACAUCAACGAACACCUCCGUGUGCGUUGAUUUCACAGAUUAAGUGUAAAUUGAAGUAAUCUCAGAAAUUCUUUGGUAUUUAUCAGAUAAUUGGCAGUAAAUGUGUGGCAACCGAGUAACAAAUUCUUUGGUCAACAUGACUAAAUAUGUAUUUGCACUUAUGUAUAUAUAUAUAUAUAUAUACAUAGAUUAUAUAGUGUAUUAGUAAGAUAUUGAGAAUAUAAGUAUUAUAAUGGUGCAGUCUA